AUGAUUCCAGAACUCCCAAUGCUUUCUUUCACUCUCGAGAAUGGCGUCACCUUCACCUACACCGACAGCGGGCCCGUCACCAAUGGCGACGACUACCCCACUCUGGUUAUCAUCCAUGGGCAUACCUUCCACGCCGGGACUUUCCAACGAUUGCACCCACUCGCAUCUGCCAACGGCCUUCGCGUUGUUUGUAUCAACCGACGCGAGUACGGGGGGUCCAGCCUCUAUCGUGAAGACGAGCUUGCGGUGUUCACGACCGGCAGUGAGCAAGAGAGGGUCGAACUUGUUGCUGCACAAGGCCGAGACUUGGCUUUGUGUGUCGACGGCAUCGUCCAGACUCUUUCCCUUCCCAAGGCGGGCGGGGUUGCGCUUUGUGGCUGGUCACUAGGAGUAUCAUUUCUCUGCAGCUUGCUGGCGAGUAUCGACGCUCUUCCCGAGCCGACAAGGGAGAGGCUUUCCGAAUGGGUCCAUACCGCCAUCAUCUUUCAAGCUCCUACUCUCUCCUUAGGAAUGCCGAUUCCGGAUGGCCUCUUAAUGCCCCACACCGAUCCAGCCAUUGCUGUGGCCGACAAGGCCGCCGCAUUCGCCAACUGGGUCAGCGCGUUUUUCGAGCAUGGCGACCUUUCGAAGCGCGCCAUCUCUGAACUUGUCUACCCUGCACCCGCCAACCCCAAGAAGACCCCGACCUUGGCGCGCAUCCAGCCAGGAGAGCUCAUGACCAUGGUCGACUUCGCACCCGGAAAACGCUACGACGAUAUCUUUGGCGCACCGCAGUACCGUCAGCUCCUUCACAAUCAAACACAACGGGCUUUAUGGAGCACUACGGUGCGAGAGGCAUGGGAAAGGAUGUACGAGAAGCGGGGACUGUGGGUCAUCAGCGGGACGGCAGAGCCCUGGAAUGUCGUCCAGGCACCGUGGCUGUUGGAAGAAGAAUCGAGCAAACACCCCGACCUCGCACUGAACUUUGAGCUUCUCCCAGGCGUCAACCACUUCUUGGUCUGGGAAGACCCCCAGCAUGCGCUGGAUGUUUUCAAGAAGUGCAUCGAGACCACACCCGACUCGUCUGCCCCGAGCGUCAGCGGCAGCGGCAGCGCUCGCUCGGACCGAUUGUGGGCAUUCUGUGCCCCGAUGUAUUCGGGAAUCCAACAGAUGUGGGCUGCGGCCCGAAAAUUUGUUUUGCGGAGCGCAUAG